ACGCCAGGUCAUAAAACGAGCGCCUCAUGUCCGUUGCUCUCAUAACGUGUUCAAAGGACAUGUAGAAGUAACAUGCUUGCCCUGUCUGUCUAACAGCAGAGUUUACCCGUUUGUCCAUCGAGAAAACAGCUGUCAGCUCGCCAGGAUGUUUAACAGAAGUAACAAUAACAUCAGAUAUAUACUGAGCCUUGUCCCGGGCAAACGGCGUCUUGGGACGUACCGGUUUCUUCCCAUCUUCUUUUGCAUCGGAGGCGUCAUGGAGUGGAUCAUGAUCAACGUCAGGAUAGGAAAGGAGACUUUCUACGAUGUCUACCGCAGAAAACAAUCAGAACGGGAGUACCAGCGGAAGAUAGCAGAUGGUUUGGUAGUUCGUAAUGAGCCUGCAGCGAAGUGAACGAUGCUCUGUUUCAAUGUGGACUUCACAUGUGUCGUCUGGGGACACAUUCUUGGACAUUCGCUCCCUUAUUUGUUUUCCAAAGGCUGGAAUGGACUUCAUAGCAUGUUACUGGGUUACACAACCGUACCGCAGUUAUGAAGGAGUCGAGGCUGAUGGAAAAACAUGCAAGUUUUAUUGUUAAUAUGAUCUCAAGGUUAGAAAACAGUAGCAGUAAUAAAACCACUGGUGUGAGAUCAAAUGUAACGAUGUAAUCUCAACAAUGGCCUUAUAUUGAUUUGACAACAAGUUAAUGUUGAUGUGUUACAAUAAAAACAUUUCAGAGCACCUGCCAAGACAAAACCGUCUCAACCAAAGUGUAACAAAAGAAAAAAAUACAGGAAUAGUCUUUAUAUUUAUCUUACAUAAAUGUUUUUAAUACUGGCAGAUACGAUGCAUUCCAUUUGCACUGGAAAGUCGGAAUUUCUGAGUUCCUAGUUAGGCAACUUCAACUGGAACUCCCCUUAAAGUCGGAUUUCCUACUCGAAAAGUCAGAGCAACUCACCAACCUUCAUCUUAAAAUCCAAUAUGGCUUCUCCGUGCAUCAACAGUAGUAAAAGUUGUAGUAAUAUAAAGUUAAUUAACCCUUCUGUUUUAUUGUGACUCAUUAAAACAGACGACAUACAGUCCUGUCCAACUUGUAUCCGUGGACAUGUUACUACAGUGUAAAGUGCAUAAAUUGUCAUCAACUGGUAUUGCUAACAAUGUCAAACCUGGCUUGAAGUAGUAUCGCUAAGCUAACAACAUCUU